UGUACAUAGAACAUAGAUACAGAGAGACUUGUCAUCAGGAAGGUGCUUCUCUCAGUACAACGGAUAAUCUCAAUGACUUGAGUUCUGGUUGUGAAUUCAGGCUACAAGGGGUCAGUGCUCUGAAAUGAGUCUCUCUGGGGAGAGAGAGGAGGGGGGCCCUGCCUCUAAAAUGAGUCUCUCUGGGGAGAGAGAGGAGGGGGUCCCUGCCUCUAAAAUGAGUCUCUCUGGGGAGAAAGAGGAGGGGGUCCCUGCCUCUAAAAUGAGUCUCUCUGGGGAGAAAGAGGAGGAGGUCCCUGUCUCUAAAAUGAGUCUCUCUGGGGAGAAAGAGGAGGAGGUCCCUGUCUCUAAAAUGAGUCUCUCUGGGGAGAAAGAGGAGGGGGUCCCUGUCUCUAAAAUGAGUCUCUCUGGGGAGAAAGAGGAGGGGGUCCCUGUCUCUAAAAUGAGUCUCUCUGGGGAGAAAGAGGAGGAGGUCCCUGUCUCUAAAAUGAGUCUCUCUGGGGAGAAAGAGGAGGAGGUCCCUGUCUCUAAAAUGAGUCUCUCUGGGGAGAAAGAGGAGGGGGUCCCUGUCUCUAAAAUGAGUCUCUCUGGGGAGAACGAGGAGGGGGUCCCUGUCUCUAAAAUGAGUCUCUCUGGAGAACAUGACACCAAAGCUAAGAGUCCAAUCAAGCAGGAGAGACCAGCCUCCCCUGUACCCAGCUGUCUGUCCAUGAAGAGUGACCGGUCUAUGGAUAAAAUUAUAGACUUCAGAGAGGGAGAUUAUUCUACUGAACAAAGAACCGAACAGGAGACAACAGAGUCAGAGAUUCUCAGUGGUCAGUCUUCCCAGAGUCAUCAAACAGACCUGGCCUCUAUAUUCAGUUUGCUUGAAGAGAAUUUUAUGACAUUUGUGAACAACGAGCUGAAGAGGUACAAGAGGAUUCUUAGUCCAGAACUCCCAGAAGGCUUUGAGAGUCAGAAGCAGGAUAAGGAAGUGGUGGAUGCUGAAGAUGAGAAGCAGGAGAGCAGUGCCAGAGAGGGAGCUCUGAAGAUCACACUGCACGUCCUGAGGAAAAUGAACCAGAAGGAGCUUGCUGACACACUGGAGAAAAAUGAGCUUGCUGUGAUUUGUCAACAUGAACUCAAAUCUAAUCUAAAGAAGAAGUUUCAAUGUGUAUUUGAGGGGGUCGCUAAACAAGGAAACCCAACACUUCUCAAUAAGAUCUACACAGAGCUCUACAUCACAGAGGGUGGAGCAGGAGAGGUCAAUAAUGAACAUGAGCUGAGACAGAUUGAGACAACAACCAGGAAACAAGCAAGACCAGAGACUGCAAUCAAAUGUAAUGACAUCUUCAAACCCUUAACUGGACAAGACAAACCUAUCAGAACUGUGCUGACAAAGGGAGUCGCUGGCAUUGGAAAAACAGUCUCUGUGCAGAAGUUCAUUCUGGACUGGGCUGAAGGAAAAGCAAAUCAGGAUGUCCAAUUUGUUUUUUCAUUCCCUUUUCGGGAGCUGAAUUUGAUGAAAGAGGACAAACACACUUUGAUUGAACUUCUCAACCACUUCUCAAUGGAAACCAAACAAUCAAGAAUCUCCAACUACGACAAGUACAAAGUUCUGUUCAUCUUUGAUGGUCUGGAUGAGUGCCGACUGCCCCUAGACUUCCAGAACAACAAGAUCUGUUGGGACGUCACAGAGUCAACCUCAGUGGAUGUUCUGCUGACAAAUCUCAUCAAGGGAAACCUGCUUCCCUCUGCUCUCCUCUGGAUAACUACCCGACCUGCAGCAGCCAAUCAGAUCCCCCCUGAGUGUGUUGACCAGGUGACAGAGGUACGAGGGUUCAAUGACCCACAGAAGGAGGAGUACUUCAGGAGAAGAUUCAGUGAUGAGGACCUGGCCAGCAGAAUCAUCUCACACAUAAAGACAUCAAAGAGCCUCCACAUCAUGUGCCACAUUCCAGUCUUUUGUUGGAUUUCUGCAACAGUCCUUGAAGACAUGCUGAAACAUAAGAGAGAAGAGAUGCCCAAGACUCUGACUGAGAUGUACACACACCUUGUGGUGUUUCAUACCAAACAGAAGAAUGAAAAGUAUCUUGGGAAAGAAGAGAGGGGUCCAGACUGGAAUAAAGAGAGCAUUUUGUCACUGGGAAAAAUGGCUUUUCAACAGCUUGUCAAGGGAAAUCUGAUUUUCUAUGAAGAAGACCUGAAAGAGGCUGGCAUUGAUGUCAAUGAAGCCUCAGUGUACUCAGGAUUGUGCACACAGAUCUUUAAAGAGGAAUGUGGGCUGUACCAGGACAAGGUGUACUGCUUUGUGCAUCUGAGCAUUCAGGAGUUUCUGGCUGCUGUAUAUGUGUUCCUCUCAUUCAGCAACAACAAUGAGAAUCUAAUGGCCGAACCUCAAACAACAUCCAGCAACGAUUGUCUACUGAAGACAGAAGUUACUGUCUACAAGAGCGCUGUGGAUAAAGCCUUACAAAGUGAGACGGGAAACCUGGACCUUUUCCUCCGCUUCCUUCUGGGCCUCUCACUGGAGUCCAAUCAGAAGCACUUACGAGGUCUACUGACAACGAUAGGAAGCAGCUCACAGAGCCAUGAAGAAACAGUCAAGUACAUCAAGGAGAAGAUCAGGGACAAUCCCUCUCCAGAGAGGUGCAUCAAUCUGUUCCACUGUCUGAAUGAACUGAAUGACCAUUCUCUAGUGGAGGAGAUCCAAAGCUACCUGAGAUCAGGAAGUGUCUCCAGUGAUGAACUCUUACCUUCACAGUGGUCAGCUCUGGUCUUUGUGUUGCUGACUUCAGAAAAGGAGCUGGAUGUGUUUGACCUGAAGAAAUACUCCAGAUCAGAGGAAGGUCUUCUGAGGCUGCUGCCAGUGGUCAAAGUCUCCAGAGCUGCUCUGCUGUCAGGCUGUGGAGUCACAGAGGAAGGCUGUGCUUCUCUGGUCUCAGCUCUGAAGUCAAACCCCUCACACCUGAGAGAGCUGGAUCUGAGUAACAAUGACCUGAAGGAUUCAGGAGUGAAGCUGCUCUCUGCUGGACUGGGGAAUCCCCACUGUAAACUGGAGACUCUGAGGCUGUCAGGCUGUCAAGUCACAGAGGAAGGCUGUGCUUCUCUGGUCUCAGCUCUGAAGGCAAAUCCCUCACACCCAAGAGAGAUGGAUCUGAGUAACAAUGACCUGAAGGAUUCAGGAGUGAAGCUGCUCUCUGCUGGACUGGGGAAUCCCCACUGUAAACUGGAGACCCUGGGGCUGUCAGGCUGUCUAGUCACAGAGGAAGGCUGUGCUUCUCUGGUCUCAGCUCUGAAGUCAAACUCCUCACACCUGAGAGAGCUGGAUCUGAGUAACAAUGACCUGAAGGAUUCAGGAGUGGAGCUGCUCUCUGCUGGACUGGGGAAUCCCCACUGUAAACUGGAGACUCUAAGGCUGUCAGGCUGUCUAGUCACAGAGGAAGGCUUUGCUUCUCUGGUCUCAGCUCUGAGGUCAAACCCCUCACACCUGAGAGAGCUGGACCUGUGCUACAAUCACCCAGGAGACUCAGGAGUCAGACUGCUCUCUGCUGGACUGGAGGAUCCAAACUACAGACUGGAGAAACUCAAUGUGGAACAUGGUGGAGAGUACACAAUGAAACCUGGCCUUAGAAAAUAUGUCUGUGAUCUCACACUGGACCCAAACACAGUAAACAGACUCCUCUCUCUGUCUGAGGAGAACAGAAAGGUGACAUGUGGGAGAAAGAGGCAGCCGUAUCCUGAUCACCCAGAGAGAUUUGAGGUCUGUAGACAGGUGCUGUGUAGAGAGCGUCUGACUGGGCGCUGUUACUGGGAGGUAGAGUGGAGUGGGGGAUGGCCGGUUAUAGGAGUGACAUAUAAAGGAAUCAACAGGAGAGGAGGGGGUAAGGACUGUGGACUUGGAUGGAAUGACAAGUCCUGGAGUCUGUUCUGCUCUGACAACAGUUACACUGCCAGGCACAAUUGUAAUACCACUCUCAUAGACGUCCCUUCCUCCAGCUCCCACAGAGUAGGAGUGUAUCUGGACUGGCCAGCCGGCACUCUGUCCUUCUACAGAGUCUCCUCUGACACACUUACCCACCUGUACACAUUCACCUCCACAUUCACUGAGCCCCUCUUUCCAGGGUUUUGGGUUUAUGAUGACUCUUCAGUGUCCCUAAUCAAACACAACACAAUAUUUUAAUAAAAUAUCAAAUAAGACUAUAAAUAGAUAAAUAUAUAACUCUGUGUCACACACACUGGAAACACACACACACACACUGGACACACACACUGGACACACACACAGACACCCAUACUGGACACACACUGGGCACACACAGACACAAACUGGACACACACACGCAAACACACUGGACACACACACACACAGGACACCCACACACACACACACAUGAAGCGCACACACACACACACACACACACACACACACACACACACACACACACACACACACUGGACAUAAACUGGACACACACCCGACACACACACACUGGACGGACACACACACACAAACAGACACUGGACACCCACACAGGACACACACACACACCUUGUACACACACACAUACACUGAAUACACACACACCAGUUUGGGCCAGUUUAUUCCUGUAAAUACACUGAACAAAAAUAUAAAGUCAACAUGUAAAGUGUUGGUCCCAUGUUUCAUUCCUCUGAAAUAAAAGAUCCCUGAAAUGUUCCAUACACACAAAAAGCUGACAUGUUUUACAUCCCUGUUAGUGAGCAUUUCUCAUUUGCCAAGUUAAUCCAUCCACCUGACCACUGUGGCAUAUGAAGAAGCUGGUGUCAUGUUUGCUGAUGUAAACGUUGUGAACAGAGUGGCUCAUGGUGGUGGAGGGGUUAUGGUAUGGUGUUUGCUGAUGUAAACGUUGUGAACAGAGUGGCCCAUGGUGGUGGAGGGGUUAUGGUAUGGUGUUUACUGAUGUAAACGUUGUGAACAGAGUGGCCCAUGGUGGUGGAGGGGUUAUGGUAUGGUGUUUGCUGAUGUCAACGUUGUGAACAGAGUGGCUCAUGGUGGUGGAGGGGUUAUGAUAUGGUGUUUGCUGAUGUAAACGUUGUGAACAGAGUGGCCCAUGGUGGCAGUGAGGUUAUGAUAUGGGGAAUCAUAAACCACGGACAAUGAACACAAGUGCAUUUUAUCAAUCGCAAUUUAUAUGCACAGAGAUACCAUGAUGAGAACCCAUUAUCGUAUCAUUCCUCCGCCUCCAUCACCUCAUGUGUCAGCAUGAUAAUGCACGGCCCGAUCGAUGUCGCAAGGAUCUAUACACAAUUCCUGGAAGCUGAAAAAAUGUAAUAUAUUUUCCAUGGCCUGAGAACUCACCAGAUAUGUCAGCCGUUGAGCAUGUUUGGGAUGCUCUGGACAGACGUGUACGACAGCGUGUUCCAGGUCAUGACAAUAUCCAGAAACUUUGCACAGCCAUUGAAGAGGAGUGGGACAAUAUUCCACAGGCCACAACCAACAGCCUGAUCAACUCUAUGUAAAGGAGAUGUGUCGCAAUGCAUGAGGCAAUGAUGAUCACACCAGAUACUGACUGGUUUUCUGAUCCACAAUCCUACUUGUUUACUAAGGUAUCUGUGACCAAUAGAUGCAUGUCUGUAUUCCCAGUCAUGUUAAAUUCGUAGAUUAAGGCCUAAUGAAUUUAUUUUCAAUUGAAUGUAACUCGGUAAAAUCUUUGAAAUUGUUGCCUGUUGCGUUUAGAUUUUAGAUCAGUAUAAUACAAAUGAGCAGUUUAAAAUGUUUUAUGUUUAUGAUGUUAGUAACACUAAGUAAUUCCAUACUUUCACUAAAGAUAUAAAGUCACUUUAUAUUGACAGAUGCCUCAUGUCAAUGUUCUGGAUUUUGAUGAAAGGAAAUCCCAUAUAACUGGACAGGACUUUGCUAUGGCAUCUUCUGAUUGGGUGUCUCAGGUCAGGACUUUGUUAUGCCAUCUUCUGAUUGGGUGUCUCAGGUCAGGUCUGAGCCAUAAUCAGAAUGUGUCUCUGUCUCAGCCCUGCCAUUUCUACCUGUCCUGAUCUAGUGUUUGACCCCUGACCUCCUCAUACCGUCUCACUGUCCAUGUCUGCUUUCAGCUCCCACCUCUACUUCACUGUGUUAUAAUGGACCUUAUGCUUGUUAUGUCACCUCUGUAACCAGUUAAGAAACAUACUGACCUUUCUGACCCUGUCCCAUGGUCCUACUUCACUGUGUUAUAAUGGACCUUAUGCUUGUUAUGUCACCUCUGUAACCAGUUAAGAAACAUACUGACCUUUCUGACUCUAUCCCAUGGUCCUACUUCACUGUGUUAUAAUGGACCUUAUGCUUGUUAUGUCACCUCUGUAACCAGGUAUCAAACAUACUGACCUUUCUGACUCUAUCCCAUGGUCCUACUUCACUGUGUUAUAAUGGACCUUAUGCUUGUUAUGUCACCUCUGUAACCAGGUAUCAAACAUACUGACCUUUCUGACCCUGUCCCAUGGUCCUACUUCACUGUGUUAUAAUGGACCUCAUGCUUGUUAUGUCACCUCUGUAACCAGGUAUCAAACAUACUGACCUUUCUGACCCUGUCCCAUGGUCCUACUUCACUGUGUUAUAAUGGACCUUAUGCUUGUUAUGUCACCUCUGUAACCAGUUAAGAAACAUACUGACCUUUCUGACCCUGUCCCAUGGUCCUACUUCACUGUGUUAUAAUGGACCUCAUGCUUGUUAUGUCACCUCUGUAACCAGGUAUCAAACAUACUGACCUUUCUGACCCUGUCCCAUGGUCCUACUUCACUGUGUUAUAAUGGACCUUAUGCUUGUUAUGUCACCUCUGUAACCAGUUAAGAAACAUACUGACCUUUCUGACCCUGUCCCAUGGUCCUACUUCACUGUGUUAUAAUGGACCUCAUGCUUGUUAUGUCACCUCUGUAACCAGGUAUCAAACAUACUGACCUUUCUGACCCUGUCCCAUGGUCCUACUUCACUGUGUUAUAAUGGACCUCAUGCUUGUUAUGUCACCUCUGUAACCAGUUAAGAAACAUACUGACCUUUCUGACCCUGUCCCAUGGCCCUACUUCACUGUGUUAUAAUGGACCUUAUGCUUGUUAUGUCACCUCUGUAACCAGAAACAUACUGACCUUUCUGACUCUGUCCCAUGGUCCUACUUCACUGUGUUAUAAUGGACCUUAUGCUUGUUAUGUCACCUCUGUAACCAGUUAAGAAACAUAAUGACCUUUCUGACUCUAUCCCAUGGUCCUACUUCACUGUGUUAUAAUGGACCUUAUGCUUGUUAUGUCACCUCUGUAACCAGUUAAGAAACAUACUGACCUUUCUGACUCUAUCCCAUGGCCCUACUUCACUGUGUUAUAAUGGACCUUAUGCUUGUUAUGUCACCUCUGUAACCAGUUAAGAAACAUACUGACCUUUCUGACUCUAUCCCAUGGCCCUACUUCACUGUGUUAUAAUGGACCUUAUGCUUGUUAUGUCACCUCUGUAACCAGUUAAGAAACAUACUGACCUUUCUGACUCUAUCCCAUGGUCCUACUUCACUGUGUUAUAAUGGACCUUAUGCUUGUUAUGUCACCUCUGUAACCAGUUAAGAAACAUAAUGACCUUUCUGACUCUAUCCCAUGGUCCUACUUCACUGUGUUAUAAUGGACCUUAUGCUUGUUAUGUCACCUCUGUAACCAGUUAAGAAACAUAAUGACCUUUCUGACUCUAUCCCAUGGUCCUACUUCACUGUGUUAUAAUGGACCUUAUGCUUGUUAUGUCACCUCUGUAACCAGUUAAGAAACAUACUGACCUUUCUGACUCUAUCCCAUGGUCCUACUUCACUGUGUUAUAAUGGACCUUAUGCUUGUUAUGUCACCUCUGUAACCAGUUAAGAAACAUACUGACCUUUCUGACUCUAUCCCAUGGCCCUACUUCACUGUGUUAUAAUGGACCUCAUGCUUGUUAUGUCACCUCUGUAACCAGUUAAGAAACAUAAUGACCUUUCUGACUCUAUCCCAUGGCCCUACUUCACUGUGUUAUAAUGGACCUUAUGCUUGUUAUGUCACCUCUGUAACCAGUUAAGAAACAUACUGACCUUUCUGACUCUAUCCCAUGGCCCUACUUCACUGUGUUAUAAUGGACCUUAUGCUUGUUAUGUCACCUCUGUAACCAGUUAAGAAACAUACUGACCUUUCUGACUCUAUCCCAUGGUCCUACUUCACUGUGUUAUAAUGGACCUUAUGCUUGUUAUGUCACCUCUGUAACCAGUUAAGAAACAUACUGACCUUUCUGACUCUAUCCCAUGGUCCUACUUCACUGUGUUAUAAUGGACCUUAUGCUUGUUAUGUCACCUCUGUAACCAGUUAAGAAACAUACUGACCUUUCUGACUCUAUCCCAUGGCCCUACUUCACUGUGUUAUAAUGGACCUCAUGCUUGUUAUGUCACCUCUGUAACCAGUUAAGAAACAUAAUGACCUUUCUGACUCUAUCCCAUGGUCCUACUUCACUGUGUUAUAAUGGACCUCAUGCUUGUUAUGUCACCUCUGUAACCAGGUAUCAAACAUAAUGACCUUUCUGACCCUGUCCCAUGGUCCUACUUCACUGUGUUAUAAUGGACCUUAUGCUUGUUAUGUCACCUCUGUAACCAGUUAAGAAACAUAAUGACCUUUCUGACUCUAUCCCAUGGUCCUACUUCACUGUGUUAUAAUGGACCUUAUGCUUGUUAUGUCACCUCUGUAACCAGGUAUCAAACAUACUGACCUUUCUGACUCUAUCCCAUGGUCCUACUUUCUAGAACUGAACAUUUCAAUUCCUCUAUGAGUUUGUUUCGUGUCCAUUUACUUAUUUAUUUAUUUGUUGUAUAUUGGGGUUGUGCUGCAGAGCAUCAUGGGAGUUUGUAUGUGUUGAGAUGAUCACGUUCCAGAUAAAUGGUUGAACUGA